CCUUGGUUCACUUGCAACGUGUCAAUUGCACCGGUUCUCUCUCUGCUCUUCCUCUCUCCUUUCCUUUCUUUUUUCCCUUCCGGGGAUGGUGACUUGGUAGCUUUUUAGUGCCAUCCAGAAAACCCUUCCCAGGCAAGCAAUGGCUUAGAGGAGAGGAAAGAGGCGGGAGAAGAAGAAGGAGGAGAAGAUGAGUUUCCACAAGGAGGAUGGUGUGGGGAGCCUGUGUCACAAGGCGCUGCAGAUCAUCUCAGAGCUGUGCCUGGGGGGCCAGGUGGAGCGGGAGAAAUGUUCAGGCAUCUUCUUCCCCCUGGAGACCACCAAGCAAGGUAUAGGCAGCACAGACAUCUCAGUCAGUCUGCUAGCAGUAGUCGUCAGCUUCUGUGGGCUUGCCUUGCUGGUAGUCUCGCUAUUUGUCUUUUGGAAGUUGUGUUGGCCAUGCUGGAGAAGCAAACCUCUUAUUUCUAAUACCAGUAAUAUCCCUCAAAGCACCUGUAGUGCUCCUGCUGAGGUUUUCGAAACCAACGAGAAAAAGGAAAUUAAAGAAAAUGGGAAACCUUCCGUGAAGGUACUUGAGGCUGCAAUGAAAAUUAGCCACACUUCACCUGAUAUUCCAGCCGAAGUCCAGAAUGCAUUGAAAGAACAUCUAAUUAAACAUGCACGCAUGCAGAGACAGAUCACUGAGCCUGCAUCCUCCUCAAGGCAUAAUUCUUUCAGGAGGCACUUGCCAAGGCAGAUGCAAGUGUCCAGUGUUGAUUUUAACAUGGGGACAGAUCCAAUUUUACAACGGGGUGAGACAACAACCAGCAUUGGGCGAAUAAAACCAGAACUCUAUAAACAGAAGUCUGUUGAUUCGGAAGACAAGCAAGAAGAUGUGAAAAUCUGUGGGAAACUUAACUUUACUCUCCGGUAUGAUUAUGAAAAUGAACUCCUUGUUGUUACCAUUGUCAAAGCCUUAGAUCUACCUGCUAAAGACUUCACAGGAACCUCAGAUCCGUACGUUAAGAUUUACCUUCUCCCAGACAGGAAAAAGAAGUUUCAGACACGGGUUCACAGAAAGACUUUAAAUCCUGUCUUUGAUGAAACCUUUCAGUUUCCUGUAGCCUAUGAUCAGCUCAGCAACAGGAAACUGCAUUUCAGUGUAUAUGAUUUUGACAGAUUUUCUAGACAUGACAUGAUUGGGGAAGUUAUUCUUGAUAACUUUUUUGAAGUCUCUGAUCUCUCCAGGGAAGCCACUGUGUGGAAAGACAUCCACUGUGCCACCACAGAAAGCAUAGAUUUGGGUGAAAUCAUGUUUUCCCUUUGCUAUUUACCUACUGCCGGACGAAUGACGUUAACAGUAAUCAAAUGUAGAAACCUCAAAGCCAUGGACGUAACUGGCGCUUCAGAUCCUUAUGUCAAAGUCUCAUUGAUGUGUGAGGGUCGAAGGCUGAAAAAGCGGAAAACAACUACAAAGAAAAACACACUUAACCCAGUUUAUAAUGAGGCCAUCAUCUUCGAUAUCCCCCCAGAGAAUGUGGACCAGGUCAGCCUCUCCAUUGCUGUGAUGGACUACGAUCGAGUAGGACACAAUGAGGUGAUCGGGGUGUGUAGGACAGGACUCGAUGCUGAAGGACUUGGAAGAGAUCACUGGAAUGAAAUGCUGGCUUACCCCCGUAAACCUAUUACUCAUUGGCAUCCACUGGUAGAGUUACCUGGCCAGGCAACCAGUUUUGAUAGCCAGGGGUCUUGUUCAUCACCAAAACCACCACCUACACCCUAGGGCACAAGAAUGGAUUCAUCACAUCCAGUGUCCAAGCUCCAUGUCCAUCACACCUACAUUAACAGAAGGUUUGGCUUCCUCAGAUGAACUGUAUCCAUAUUUUUGUAUUAAAAUAGAUUUUCUUCUUGUUCUAAGUAUUUUACAGUUUAUAAUAAUUUCUUAAGAAUGAAUUUCACUUGAGCCAAAAUAUUCCUUCCUUAUGCAAAGAUAUUCAUUUUUCUCUCUCUCAUAAAGUAUUGUUUUGAUACAACCUAUUUCUUUGCAGAUGGAAGGAAAUAAAAAAACAAUACAUGUAUACUAGCACUUGAAAACAAAUAGAGCUUAUGAUACUAUUCCUUUCAAGGUAGCAAAAUUGUCAUAUACAGCACUUACUUUGUAACUUGCCUCUAAAUUAUAAAUUUUGCACUAAAUCGUAUAUGACCAUUAAAGAAAACCUUGAAAGCUUUUGAUGUACUAGAAAAAGAUAAUUCUAACAACAUAAUGUCCAGUUUCUCUAUGAUUGUCUUGAAUGUUACUGUAGGCCUGCACCAGAGCCCACUGAAGUCAAUGGAAAGGAUCCUAUUGAAUUCAUUUGGUUUUAGUUCAGGUCCUAAGGACCAUAUCCUGCAAAUGAAUGCAUGUAGUUGAACCUUUACAACAAUCCUAUUGACAUUGUGGAGACAACUAUGCAGUAUUUUAUAUCCAAGCAAUUUUGACUGAAUGCCUUGUUCGCAUGGGAUUGGUUCUGUUCUAGUCUUGCGAAUUCAGUAGGACUGGACCAGUGUUUUUCUCAGAAUCAGGCUUCCAGUGAAAAAACUUGUGAUUGUGGAUUUGAAAUUUGCCUUCUGUCAAUAUAGUGAGGUAAAAACUUAAGUGUUACUAGUUCAUAGAACAUUCCUGCUCAUAAACUCAAGAAUAUUCAAGGAAAGAAAAUACAAAAUGAGCAUCAGUUAAAGCUAGUUGGUUAAAAAAAUGAAUAAAUACAGUAACUCCUCAUUUAACAU